AUGAUCACUGAAGACUUCGAAUCAGCGAUGAAAAUGCGAUAUUUAGAACCAAGUGUAGGAUAUCGUUUAUCCAAUGGGAAUUUACCAUUUAAAACAACAACUACUGCUGGGAUGAGCCAUCGAGAAGUUCAAUGUAUCGAUGAUCACGAAAUACACCUCGACCAAGUCAUAGCAGCGCCGAUGCCAAAGUUACCUUUGGAUGUUUCCAUACGAACGCAUUGGCUUGCGAUCGAAGGCAAACAACCGACUAUCAACGAGAAUCCAGAGAUUAUUUCCAAAGUUGAUCAAACAACAGAUUCUCUAGACCCUAUGAAAUCUCUAACUAAAAAACGAUAUAAUCUUGAUGCAUCGAAAAUUAAAACUUCAAAUCCACAUGAACUUUCAUUGGAGCAACAAAUUUAUUAUAAAGAAAUUACUGAGGCAUGUGUUGGUUCCGAGGAACAAAAACGUCAAGAAGCCAUUGCUAGUUUAUCUUCUGAGACUGGUCUUCAUCAGAUCCUACCUCGCAUUGUCUUAUUUAUCUCUGAAGGCGUUAAAGUGAAUUUAAUGCAAUACAAUCUAGCAAUCUUAAUCUAUUUAAUGAGAAUGACCAGUGCAUUGCUAGACAACAAAUCUUUAUACUGUGAAAAAUAUCUUCAUCAACUAUUCCCAGCAAUUAUGUCAUGUAUUUUGGCAAAACAAUUGUGUGCUCGACCAGAUGCAGAUAAUCAUUGGGCCUUGCGUGACUAUGCCGCAUCACGUUGUGCACAAAUGGUCAAGAUGUUUUCGGCGAAUAUUCACGGCUUACGAAAACGUAUUGUGCGAAUUUUUCUACGAACUUUUAAUAGUGAACGUUUACCACUUGUUACUCACUAUGGAGCACUCGUCGGUCUAUGUGAAAUGGGCCAAGAAACGAUUGAAGAAUUAUUGUUUCCUAUAAUACGUACACUGGGCGAUAGAAUAGUAAGAACAUUAGAAAACCCUUCGUUGUCGCCAAUUGACAAAAUUACUGUUGACAAAAUCAAUGGUGUUAUAAGUAGAUAUGUACCAACUGCUUACCGGGCAUCUCGUCAACCUCCUGAUGAUCCUGAAAAUUUCAAACAAGAAUUCGGUAGUUAUUACGGACAACGUUUGUAUGCCCAAGUCACCCAACUACGUCAACAAACAAAAUCCACGGCUCAACCCACGCAAGUAAGUGAAUCAACAUGA